GACCCCAAAUAAAAAUAAAUAAAUAAUAAAAUCAAAAUAAAUCUUUAUUAUAUUUGCAUCAAAAUGUUUGAUUUCACUAUAUAUUAGACAUAUAUAGAUGCAAUAUUACAAUAUCAUUGUCCACUGUAUCAAAACAUCAGAUAAGUUUGAAUGUCAGAGACUGAAAAUGUGGCUUAAAUGCUUCUUUUUGUGUCAUCUCCAGGUGCUUUGACUGAAUGCUGUGAUGAGAUGAGGAACCGCUACCAGCUGCCUGUCUACUGCCUGGCCAUCCGAACCAGUGACAAUGUCCAGCAGAUGAAGCAUCGUCUAAAAACCCAGAAAGGUAUAUUGGCCAACAUCCAGCAUUGGUUCUUUUCAGGCCGACCGCUCGCUGACAAGAUGAAGCAGGAAGAACUGAAGAUCUCCAGAGACUAUGUUGUCCAGGUGAUCAACAGCCAGCCUCCCAAAAACCCAGCACUGCCACAGAACCCCACUUCAGUGGAAAACUUAUGCCUCAUUGGGGAUAUUAACCACCACACCAAGUGUGUAUGUGAGAGGAUAUCAAUGUGCAUGAGCUGCAAGAUUAUUCAGAAGAAGAUUUCUCUAUUUUUGGAUUGGUCAUUAGAUUCUAGAGUAAACCUCAUUUCAAACAUUUACCGCCUUUGAGUUAUAGCUCUUCUAAGGGAGUUGAGAGUAAGAUUUUCUGUUUAAAAUCCUCAGGUCUAAAAACCGGAGCCCUGAUUUGAUCAAGAGAAGUCCAAAAAGUAUGGUUUUGGCAAGAUAAUCUUUAUUAUUAUUAUUAUAAGAUUAUGUCAUUAUAAACACAUUCUUUUCUCAUUUGAUAUGUUCUGCAAGGCAGACCAGAAGUGUGGACCUACCUGGGUCUGUAAGAACUUAAAUUCUGAAACAGACACUUGGGGCCAAAAUGACAUUUUAAACUGCUAUUGGCUUUUAGCAACAGGAGGAUCACUUGUUGGACUGCUCCUUGAUUUUAUUUUAUGUUUUUUAGUUUUUAUU